UUCGUCACGCGCUGAACGGAAGUGACGUACAUAUCCAAAAGCGUGACCAAGGCUGUCUUAAAAAUACAAGGAAGUGGACGUUCACUGUCAAGGCUAAAAUAACAUUAAUAAAAGAGACAUUUAAUUGUCUAACGGUGUCUUAUAACUAAACAAGUACCGGGAGGGUAUAGUCAUCUCGGACUUACCCGAAAGCCCGUGAGUAUCUGUUAGAAUAGCCGUGGAGCUCGAAUCCAGCUAUGAAUACGGACGUAGAAUUUCACAUCAGGCAGAAUUACCCGUGGAACAAACUGCCAGCUAAUGUCAAACAGAGUCUGGGAAACUCGCAGCGUGAAUAUGAAAAGCAGGUUCUUCUGUACAGUAUCCGCAACCAGCUUCGCUUCCGCAAUAACCUAGUCAGGCAUGUGAAGAAGGACGAACGCAAGUAUUAUGAAGAGCUGUUAAAAUACAGCCGGGACCAUCUGAUACUCUACCCCUACCACCUAUCAGACAUCAUGGUCAAGGGUCUGCGGGUCACCCCCUUCUCCUACUACAUCAGCAUAAUGGAGGACAUCAUGAACAGUGAGAAGAGUUAUGAUUCCCUGCCCAACUUCACUGCUGCUGACUGUCUGAGGCUGCUUGGGAUUGGCAGGAACCAGUACAUUGACCUAAUGAACCAGUGCAGAUCUUCCAAAAAAUUCUUCCGGAGGAAAACGGCUCGGGAUCUCCUGCCAGCAAAACCUGUGGAGAUCACAGUAGAGCCCUGGUGGGUGGUACAGACCGGAUACAUCACCGAGGAUGACAUCAGGACCUGCUCUGUGGCGGAGAAGACGGCCAUUGAUAAGAUGAUAGAUUCUGGACCUCAGCUGGCUGGAUCGAUGGAGUUCAACGUGGUUCUGAGUUUGUACAACCGGGGCUAUAUAUAUCUUGAUGUCCCCAUAUCAGAUGACAGCUGUAUAUCAGUGCCGCCGCUUGAGGGGUUUGUCAUGAACAGAGUCCAGGGUGAUUAUUUCGAAACGCUACUCUACAAAAUCUUUGUGUCCAUCGAUGAGCAGACUAAUGUGUCGGAGCUGGCUAAUGUACUGGAGAUUGACUUGGGCCUGGUGAAGAAUGCUGUGUCCAUGUAUUGUCGCCUGGGGUUCGCUAUCAAAAAGGGUCAGGUGAUCAGCCCGGACCAGCUGCACCCCUCGUGGAAGAGUGCCCCUUCGGUCAAUAGACUCAGAGGCACUAUGGACCCUCAGAAGAUGCUGCUGUCAUGGGAGGGUGGCAGUCCAGUGAUGGAGGCAGGUUCCUCAGCCACUGAUACAGACACCACCAGCCUGGAGGACCAGGACACUGCAAGUGUGAGCAGUCUAAGUAUUCCAGCCGCCCCGACUAAGAGGAUUGCCUUCCUGUUUGACUCCACCCUCACCGCCUUCCUCAUGAUGGGCAAUCUGUCCCCUAACUUAAAGAGCCACGCCGUGACAAUGUUUGAGGUUGGGAAGUUGUCUGAUGAGACCCUGGACAGUUUUCUCAUGGAACUGGAGAAGGUUGAGAGCACUGCUGAAGGAGAGGCUCAGAGAUAUUUUGACCAUGCGCUGACCCUCAGGAACACAAUACUCUUUCUGCGCUACAACAAAGAUCUCACGCCUGAUCAGGGCCCUGAUGUACCAAAUAUAGGCCUGCCUCUGGACCUCCUCCGCUGUGAAAGCCUGCUGGGAUUGGACCCUGCCACCUGCAGCCGUGUGUUGAACAAGAACUACAAACUGCUAGUUUCCAUGGCGCCACUCAGCAACGAGAUCCGGCCAAUCAGCAGCUGCACGCCUCAGCACAUUGGUCCAGCCAUUCCUGAGGUCAGCUCCAUCUGGUUCAAGCUAUACCUGUACUCUGUCACUGGUCAAGGCCCUCCUUCACUGCUGCUGUCCAAGGGCUCCAGGCUCCGGAAGCUGCCAGAGAUCUUCCAGGCUUAUGACCGACUGCUUAUUACAUCAUGGGGUCAUGACCCCGGGGUUGUCCCGACAUCCAACGUGCUAACAAUGUUGAACGAUGCCCUCACCCACUCAGCUGUGCUCAUUCAGGGUCAUGGAAUGCAUGGGCACGGUGAGACUGUCUAUGUCCCCUUCCCAUUUGAUGACGAAGACCUCAAAGCAGAGUUCUCAUAUUCCAAUAUGUGUGCGCACAAAGCCCUUAAGAUCUUGCGGGACAAAGUGGAUCUGGAGCACCAGUGUGGCUACAUCACCAUGCUGAACCACAACAACAGACAUCGCAGACGACUCAGUGACACCGACGGAGACCCUGAUCUUAGCGGAGUGCUUGAUGUCAACGGAAGCAAUGAAUCUUUCGAGCUGGUUACGGAGGAGAAUAACGGAGAUGGCAGCAAGAAACCAGGAACAGAAGGUUCGUCCAGUGAGGAUGAAUGGGUUCCUCUGGAGCUUUGCUUUGGGAUGCCUCUUUUUAGCUCCGAGUUAAAUCACAAAGUGUGUCAGAGGAUCGUCUCUCACAAACUCUGCAGCAAAGACAGUCUUCAAGAGUUACUACAUUCCAGUCGAAAACUGUCAUUAAAAGUUCUCAGUUUUGUUCAUUCAUUCCAGGAUGGAAAACAGCCUGCGGACCCUGACAGCGGGGUCUCGGGUCCCCUGAGUCAGCCCACGGCAGAGUCUGGCGUCCCUCUACCUGCAAUCAACCUGCUCUUCAAGGACGGCGAGCUGAAGGAAUGGAGCGGCCGAGUGCCGCCCUCCCUGCACAUCUGUGCCCCACAGAAGAUCAUCCCACAAAAAAUACCACCCUCAUAAUAACCCUGUUGAGAUCCACAGCAUACUCCACUCACUUCUGAUCACUUAUGUCAUGAGUUACCACACAGCCAUCAAGUGCUGCUGCUGCCGCCUCCCGUCACGUUUGGAUGCGAGCGUCCAGAGUAACUCUAAAAGUCCUGACGGGUUCAAUCACACAUCAUCCCA